AUGGGCAAGCUCGCCGCUGUCCUCCUCGCCGCCUGCGCCGCCCUCCUAGCUCUCGUCGCGCCGUUGCUCGCUGGCGACCCCAGCAUGCUCCAGGACAUCUGCGCCGCCGACUACAAGUCCCUCGAGGGCCCGCUGCGGGUGAACGGGUACCCGUGCAAGAGGCCGGAGAACGUGACGGCGGAGGAUUUCUUCUUCGGCGGGCUGGCGAACGCCGCCGACGUGUACGCCGGCGGCAACCCCAUGGGCUCCGUGGUGACGGCGGCGGACGUGGAGAAGGUCCCGGGGCUGAACACGCUUGGCCUGUCCAUGGCGCGCGUCGACUACGCGCCGUGGGGUGGCGCCAACCCGCCGCACGCGCACCCGCGCGCCACCGAGGUCAUCUUCGUCAUCGAUGGCACCCUGGAGGUGGGCUUCGUCACCACGGCGAACAGGCUCAUCACCCGGGCCGUGCCCAGGGGCGGUAUGUUCGUGUUCCCGCGCGGCCUGAUGCACUUCGAGCGCAGCGUCGGCGAAGUGCCUGCCGUGGCCAUCUCGGCUUUCGACAGCCAGCUCCCCGGAACUCAGCCGGCGGCCGCGGCGAUGUUCGGGGCGGUGCCGACGGACGUGCUUGUGCGCGCGCUGCAGACCGAUGCCGGUGUUGUGGAGCGCAUCAAGUCCAAGUUCCCGCCAAAGUAA